CUUUUGGCGAUUCAGUCUUUAUAGUCUUCUCCCUUCUUCCUGCGUUUGUUUUGCUUCUGAGUUCCCCUUGAAAUGCUAGCUACUUGUUGUGAUUCUGGAAGUGCUAGUGUACUAGAAGAAUCAGGGCACUACCCACUCGUUGGCAAAUGUACUAUAGCUAUUGUAGUUGGUUCUCCCCUUGAAUGUUUUUUAUUGAAACUUUUAUUCUUUAUUGUGGCUUAGAGCCGUUUGCUUCUUUCACUGCUGUUUCAGAUCUGCUAAUAUAUGUCGUUGUUGCAAAUCCUAUUCAUUCUUUACCUCAACCUUUUUUCUUUGUUUCAAAACAUAUAAUAUUUCGUAUACAGCUUUUACUUGCAGGAAAAACGCAGUGUGGAGAUGUUGGAUUGCCCCAGCCCCAUAGGAGUACGCUUUGGCACCCUUUUUAAACUAGAAAUUGCUCUGUCAAAGGAAAUAAGAACACUGGCAGCUGAAGCUUUUCUUAAUGCCAGCUGGUUCCAAGGGCCAACUUCAGCAAUUCUAAACCUCAGAGGAGAGUGGAAUCGAGGGGAAUCCGGGAAAGAGAAGAAGAAAGGGGAAACGGGAAAGGAAGGGAGAGAGUUCUUUUUUGCCUCAAGACUUCUACUUUUAUGGCCAUUUGCUUUGAAGAUAAGGAUUGGAAGGAUAUCCAAGUUCUUUUUUGAUCAGGUUUGAAUUAGAUUAUAUCCAAGUUCUAUCAUCUGUCCGGCAGCCUUUUUAAAUUACAAAUUACUCUGUCAAUCAUUUAAAUUACAAAUUACAAAUACCCUUUUUAAAGCUGGUUACUAGUACAAUUCUGAAGUAUGUUAAUUUCUCUUUGGCUGUUUAUUGGUCCAUCAGUUUCACUUCCCUUUGCCUGUAUGGUGUCUCAUAGGUAUUAUUUUGAACUGGUGAGUGGAAAACGAUUGCUAGGGUUGCAUUUUGACGUAGCUCAGCUGCUCAAGCGUUGAUAAAUGUGGUUCUAUGGGGGUAUACUGUAUAUUACAAAUGAGUGGGAAUGGGGCACACAGACUGAAGUUCAAAGCUUCACCACAAUUAAGGAAGCUGUUUCCUUAUUUCUAUUAGGAGCAGCGGAGGAGAAGAAAGGGGGAAAGGGAAACGGGUAUGAGUGAAAGAGUAGAGAGAAGGAACAGGAAAGAAAGAGGAAGCAGAAAGG